GACUCUCAAAGGUGGCCGCACCAUCGCCACCCACCACCCAAUCUGCUGCAGGGCCAAACAGAAACUCCGUCACUAGGCUUACGGAGCAUAUCGCCCAGAAAGCGUGGGGGCGUCACCGUCACCGUCACCCACUGACGUCGACGCACUCGGCGCAUGCAAAACAGUUACGCGCUGUGCCACGCAGUGUGUGGAGUUGCGUUGAAAGAGGCUCCGGAGUCCGAAGCGUAAUCGAAAAGCCCACGGGAAGGGGCCAACACAGCGGAGCCUUGACCCCAGCGCAGUGAAAUGUGGCGCCUUGCUGGCGAAAAAGUGACGUGAAAUGCCAAGUGCAGCCACAUCGAAGCCACCAAGGAUCUUGUAGCAGCGGCAGGAGCAGCCCCUUCUUCAUGGGUUCAUGCCUUGGCAGCUGUGCCCCAGCUGCCACCGCACCCGCCCACUCUGCCUGCACCUCAACGUCCAACUCCACCACCCACUCGACGUCCUCGACGUCGUCUUCGCUGACAACUCCACCCACGUCCUGGGUGGCCAACAGCUGGCUCUGGCGAAAGAACAGAUCCGCAGGACGACAAGACCCGGAGGCAGAGCUUUUAUCGAGGACCACCCGGCAGCGCUGCCAGCGGAACGGAUUCAUCCACCGCAUCCUGCGGCUUAAGAGGAGCCAGCAGUGUCCCAGCUUUCUGGACAAGUACUGGGAGCAGCAACCCAGCUACGCCAAGCUGCCGACCACCGCCAUGGCGGACAUUCAGAUGCAGAACCUCGACGCCGGCAAGUUGCUCAACGCCCAGACGACGUCCAGCAGGGAGACGGAGAUGGGACUUGGAGCAUACCAGCGCAUGGCCAACUCGCGGGCCAGCUCCUCCUUGGACCUCGAGUGGGAGCACGAGUACUCGCAGCUGCGCCAGUACCAGUUCCAGUGCCAGCAGGUGCCCAAGGAGCUGCCGCCAACGCCGCCAAAGCCGCGCUACUCAUCCCUGGACCAGCUGGCGGCAGCCAAUGCGAUGGCCACCAGCCAAGGACGACACCUGGCGCGCCAGGCCAGGCUGAGUUGCCAGCGUCACGGAGGUUCGCUCACGCGUAACUCGUGCUGCUCGUCCACACAAAACUCCUGGUCCCACAUAUCCACGCCAGAGUCGCUCGAAUGGGACGUGGAUGAGGAGCGGGAGCAGCAGCGUCAGCUCCGUCUGGAGGACGACAAUCUGGAUGAUAGGACGCUCAAGCUGUUGCAUCAGAUCGAACAAUUGAAGCACCAUGUGCUGCAGGAGACUGGCGAUGGACUCAGUAUGGAAUCAGCUGCGGUCGAGGAGCUCACUGAGGGCCUUCAGUUCCGAGCUACCCACUUUGCUGGCGACUCCCAGCUGGAGGCCCAUGUAAGUUGAUUGGCAUCACUUUAAAAGCUAUCAUGCACAUAGUAUUAGAGUAAGAGGUGUACAUAGCAGAUUUAAGGAGCUGUUAUCAUAUCCUGUGAAGAGCAGGUCGUUGAGGAAUUUAUUAAAGUCCGUUGCCGUUUUAAAUGGCCAGCAACACGGGCCAUCUAAAUCAUAUUUUUACUGUCUGCCUUUUUCGAGUUUCGCUAUCUUCAAGACUUUAUCUGUAACCAAUGUUCCAUUUUAUACUUAUGCACUCAUUUAAAAGAUGCUUAUUAAUUAUGACUAAGCCGUUGUUCGUUAAAAAUCAUUUUGAAAUGCUUAUUAAUUAAGGGAUCAAAGUUAAAAAUCAUAAAACACAAUGUCUGAAGUAAACAUUUUUGGUUUGCAUUGCCUCUUCUUAAUUUUUGUAACUUUCUGCCUUUUAUUCUGUAUUUACUAUGAUAAACCCCAAGUCACUUGUACCGCUUGCCUUGUAACACCCGUCGAAAGAAACUGUUUUAAGUAUUUACUUCCUCUAAAUAUAUCUAAUUUGAUUACAUAUUGCACCUGGUAUAAGACAUAUAAAUGGAAAAUAAGUUAUGAAUUUUAAGUGCCUAGUCUAAGUCCUAUCCGAGUUCAAAAAUUAAAGUACUCAAAUAAAGAUAGAAUGUAAUAUUCUGAACUCAAAAUGUGUCCUAUAAAAUAACAGAAUAUCAAGCAAAUAGUUUGCAAAAUUAGCCACACGGAAAACUCAAUUGUCUACUCUAUACCUAUUUAUACAUAUGUGUGUACUAUAAGGGCUUGAAAACUAAUUUAAUUGCUGAGAUUUAUAACAAAACUUUUAGGUGUAGUGAAAAAUGCAAUUUAUUUACUUUUGCCCCAAAAUUGUGCUUUUCGGAUUAAAUCCGAAUAAAAAAUGUAAAUGCGUUUGUUAAAGUAAGAGCUUUUUAGAGGACUACAUUAGAGACUUCGUUACACUUUGAACACUAGUCGAUAGAAUCGCACCUACUUUAAAUUAUAGUACUUAACUCUUUAUAGACCA